AUGGAGCUGAAAUGGUUGUGUGCCAUGUUGGUUGUAAACACAUUGACGUCAACGAAACAGAAAUUGGCCUCAGCAUCAACAUUGCAUGAUGGCACAGUUGCGUCUGUGUCCGUAGUUGUAGAAACAUCGUCGCCAACGCCAAAGAAGUCAACCGUGACAUCAACAUUGCGCGACAUCACAGAUGACUCCACGGUUGAAGACGGAUCAUCGUUAACGCAAAAGGAGUCGACCAUGAUUCCAACAUCAGCGCGUGCUAGAACGGAUAUGACAACUGCUACAAUAUAUAAUGCGACCGACAUGGAUGUCAGUGACAGCAUCGCCAACAACAAAAGUAUGAACGACACCGGUAACAAUACUGCGAACAAGGAAGUAAUGCAAUCCAACUCAGCCUCCCCAUUCGCUUUGAUCCAUUCUGGCAGUGUGACUGAAACUACUUACAACUCCUUCAACACUGUGCUACAGAUUAUUCAGUUUCCCCUCAAUGUCAUCGCCCUUGCCAUCAACCUCUGCAACGUCGUCGUGUUCAGUCAGAAACGGAUGAAAAGCCCUACAAGUACUAUCCUGCUGGCUCUCUGCAUUUCCGAGGUCCUCCACCUCACCACCAUCAUCUUCGCCAGUACAAUGAAAUUUAUAUACCGCGGAGAAGUCGUCAGUAUACGCUUCUACCUCAUCUACGGCCUCUACGUCAACCUCUACGCAACUGUGGCUCUCAGGAGAGUUGGAUUUUGUUACAACUGCUUGGUGUCAGCUGAGAGAUUCAUUGCUGUGACGUUUCCUCUACAAGCCAAAAGUAUGCGUCUCGUGAAAAACCCAGGUGUCGUCUGCGCACUAAUAAUGGCGGCAAGUUUCGUCGGACAUAUUUUCAGCCCAAUGAAAUAUAUUGUCAUAUCUUAUUCCACUUCCGACAACACUACAGCUUACAGGUUAGACUCUUCGUUAAUGUAUGUCAAGGAUAAAGUUCAUUUUGCGAAUUGCAGCUUGGCUAGCCAAUUCAUAUUUGUAUAUUUCAUGCUUUUCGGAUGCCUUGUCUUCAACCUCCUGAUUGUAAUAUCACUCCGACGUCACAGCAAAGAGAGACAAUCCAUGAAGACCAGUCAGAGCACGGGAGAUGCGCAGACGAAAGAGAUGCAGACGACAAUAACCAUCAUGGUGUCAACCGUUGUCGUUGUUAUUCUCGCCCUGCCUGCCAACACCAAUGCCUUCAUCAGUAACUUCAACGAUGACUACGGCAUAAAUGUCAAACAGCACUUCCUUUUCUUACUCGUGGCAAGAGUUGGUAUUUUUUGUGAACUCCUCAGUAACAUCACCAACUUCUUCUUCUACAUUGCCCUCAGUGCAUCCUUCCGGGAAACCUUCAUUCAAGUGUUCAUCCCAUGUGCAACUACCGGUAAGUCUGCAAAGAGCACCGUAACAGGAAGUGGCAACCUUGGCAACAGUCCGACAGACAUCUCACGCCCAAACUGA